CGCAACGUCAUCUUGGCCCAAGAUUUCUUCGUCAUUUGCUUCUUCCUUUCAGACAUCACAAGAGUACUAUACUCCGCCAAGCUCCCCAGUCGCUAUGGAAUCAUCCCUACCUGAACAAAUAUUCCUCGAUAUUCCCAUCGCAGACGUCAUCAACAAAACGACGAAAAGACAACUAGUCGAGCCAUGGGCAUCUCGGUACUGCACAGCCAUCGCUGAAAAACGCUAUGGUGAUGCGAUUUGGGCGCGAUACCAUAUAGAUGGACGCGCGAGAGAUGGUAUCUACACCAAUCUGCGCGAUAAUGGUGAUGGGCCAUUUGAACUACACGAAACUAGCGUUUACGACGUGAUCAUGGAAGAUGCCCGAGAGCUUGCGGAAGGUGAUCCGGAACUUUAUAGCGAGACACUUCGAUUCUAUCGCGAUUCUAGUCCAAGUGACGGUCGACGGGAUAUUAUUGAUGGACUCUUCAGGAUAGGAUCGUCUUGUCUAGCUAGUGGGUGAGGUGAGUGGGAGUCAACGUGCUGCUGCAGAUAAACCUUUUUAUAUGAAUCGUCCACUUUUGCCUUUCAGUACUAAAUCCUGUUUCUGAAUGAGUAGAUAAAAAAAUCUUAAAAAUAAAAGCA